AGGCCCGUAGUGGGCCGGCGCUGUUGGUGCAAGCCGUUUGCCAGUUUGAGUGGGCAGGAAGGCAGGACUAUCGGGCCUGGUUAGCGAGGGAGGAGCUAGCUUUUCCCGGGAUCCCCGCGUUGCUCAGGAGGCUUGAGCCGCGGAAGGCAGACCCCGAGGGUGGAGGGCUCGCGGUCGUGGGCUUGCUUCGUGGCUGCACUGUGGCCCACACCUACGCGUUCAGAGGCGUGCUGCGUUGUGUCGAUGCAGAGUUUAAAAUUGAGCAUUACGGACAAGUACACGUUUUGUGUAUUAAGUGCCAGGUAACCAUUUCUGACGCCGCCUUCCUUGCUUGAGGUGAGGUGCUUCCGGGAGACCCUCGCCCCAAGGUCAGACAUACUAAGUGGUUGAAGGGAUUGUUAGCUCUACAGAAGUGCGCUACCUCGCCGCUUGGCCUCUCGCCGAAUCUUGGGAUUGGAAGUACACUUCGUUAGGAAUGUUUCUACACGGUUUCCGGAAAAGUGGUUUUUGAGUUAACCCCGCUGUACUGUAAUAAUGUGCUGAUAUUUAAGACAGACCUAACCUCCGGUAUACCAUCAGUGCCGUUGGACCCAAUUUUUGUUAAAUUUCGUUUUUGAAUUAUUUCAUGAAUACUUAGGUUUUCGCAUUUUAAAAAACUACCAUCAAAACAUACCAUGAAAUUUAGCACGCGUCCAUCGGACAUUUUGUAAAUCUCUAAGAUCUACCUGACCUUGGUGAUUUCUUGUAUUUAAGAUAUUUGUCAUUUUAUCCUAGGAUUCCUUUCUUCACUACUCAGUUGGCAUUCUCAGGUAUACUAAAGACAACACAAAAACGGAAGUAUGUUGGUAUCCCCGUAGGGGAGAUGACGUAGUAAAAUAAGACAUCUUUAGUUUUUUUCCCCAUUAUUGUCCGAUUUUCCAAGGAGAUUAUAAAAAGACGAAGGGCACCAUUGUGUGGUUUGUUGUCCUUUUAUUUUUAUUUUUUAAAGAUUUUAUUUUAUUCGACAGAGAGAGAGACAGCCAGCGAGAGAAGGAACACAAGCAGGGGGAGUGGGAGAGGAAGAAGCAGGCUCACAGCGGAACAGCCUGAUGUGGGGCUCGAUCCCACAACUCCGGGAUCACGCCCUGAGCCGAAGGCAGACGCCCAACCGCUGUGCCACCUAGGCGCCCCAUGUUGUCCUUUCUUUUUAAAGUUUCAGAAUUCAGAACAUUAUUUAAUUAGUACCCAUAAUGGCAGGGAGACAGUAUGCCAAGGAAGAGGUUUCACAGUGACUUUGGUGAAUCAUAGUAUGAAUAAGGGGCUACAAAUGGAAAUCCAGGAGUGAGGUAGUAAAUCAUGAUUAUUUUUCCUGAUAUACCGAGGCAACACUGCCUUCUGGCUUUGUAUGCGAAAGGUUUUUCAAGGAGUUCUCAUCUGCUAUUGAAGAAUGGCUUUUUGGCCAUUAAUUGCAUGUGAAUACUUGUAAUUGUACAUUACAUGGUUAGUGAAAUUACAUUUUGUAUCAUGGGAAGAUGUUUAAUACUUUUUUGGAAAUGGCAAUACCUGGAAUCUUAUUCCACUGGGUAGAUUGAGAAAACAACUGAAAAACGGAAACCGUGAAUUCAGUUUCUAGUUUAUAGAAUUUGAUUUGAAAUGGAUGAUUCUUACACAAAAAUAUUAAGGGCCUUGUAUACGAUUUUUGCCUUAAUUUACAUAAAACGUGACAUAAUCUGACUACAUCGAAUUUUGUACUAUUGGGAUACUAACUGUUGGCAUUUGUUUAGAGAAUUUGUCAGAACUCUGAAACAAAUAACUAGUGGCGGAUAAAACAGUUUGGAGAAGGACUUGGGAGAAUAUGUAACAGGAAUAAAUUUUCUCAACUCUGUAAUGGCAUCUAAUUCAGCUGUGGAAAUGGAAAAUGAAAGUGAUAACUCUUCUUCUGGUAGCAGCUUAUUUAAAACUCAGUGUGUCCCUUACUCACCUAAACAGAAGCAGAGAAACCCUACUAGGAAGUUUGUUCAUUCACCUCAAGGUGGUAAAGAAAGGGAUUCAUCUAGUGACUCAUCUUUUGAACCAAGACCAUUGACUUUAAAAGCUAUUUUUGAAAGAUUCAAAAAAAAGAAACGUAAAAAGAGGAAAUACAAAGCAACAGGAAAACCAAGAGGAAGACCAAGAGGGAGAAAAAACAGUAGACGUUCCCAGAUAAAUAAGAAACAAGUCCGAGACAAAGGGUCUGGGUUCCCAUUUUUAGAAUCCGAGAGUGCAAGAAAACCAUUACCCUGGAGAAAGAUUUUAACCUUUGAGCAAGCAGUGGCAAGAGGAUUUUUCAACUACCUUGAAAAACUGAAGUAUGAAUACUACCUCAAGGAAUCCUUGAAACAAAUGAAUGUUGGCGAAGAUUUAGAAAAAGAAGAUCUUGACAGUCGUAGAUACAAAUACUUGGAUGAUGAUGGAUCUCUCUCUCCUAUUGAAGAGUCAGAAACAGAGAAUGAGGCUGCAACAAAUCUUGGACAUAAUGACGAAUGUGAUAUCAAAUUGGUGGCUUUUCACUUGAAGACACUGUCUGGACUUAAAGAUAUUGGCGUAUCCCAACAAUCUGCACAGUUCUAGGGUGUGAUAGUUGAGGUAAGUUUUCAUUGGGGACAGUAUAAUCUUUGGGGUACUGUUACAGUUCAGAUGAUGAAUUUAACUGUUCAACUGCUGAAUGAUACAGACGUGAACUAAAACUUAAUUCUGACAGAGCUGAUUAUAGCUUAAAAAAUACAGUUACCAAUUUGGAUACUAAUCAUAUACUUAGGUUUUAGAUUUUAAUCAUUAAAUUGUCCUUAAUCUUUUAUUUGGUAUUUUAUCUGUAGGGGUGAAUAUGAUUUGAACUCAUUCACAUUUAGAGGGUGUUUGAAAUUGAGAACCAGGCAGAUGCAGGCUCAGACCCUAAAGGGGGCCCUGAAGUAAAGACAUUGGAUUCCAAAGAUUACAGGUGGGGAGUUUUUGAAGUGUGUCCAUAUUCAAGUGAUGAUCCAAGAAGCCCAACCGAAAA